GUCACCGGCGGCGGGCGGUGGGGGCGUAUUUAAGCUGCCGCCACGGCGCUCAGAAGCAGUGUGUGUUCCACAUUCGGAUUGUCAGGAUGGUGAAGUCGGCCUGUAUCGUUCUGCUGGCGCUGGCCUGUGUCCAGGCCGUGCCCAAGCCCGACGGCGGCGGACACGGACACGGGGGCGGCGGACACGGACACGGCGGCGGAGGACACGGUCACAGCAGCGGCGGCGGCGGAGGACACGGACACAGCAGCGGCGGCGGCGGAGGGUACGCGGCGCCCGCCCUGGAGCCCUCCUACGGCGCCCCGGCCCCCACCUACGGCGCCCCCGCUAAGGGGUACGGCUGCAAGCCUGAGACCCACUACGUCACCGUGGCCUCCACCAAGAUCGGCUACGAGACGGCGUACAACACGUACACGGCUGUGAAGCCGACGACGCUGUACCAGCAGAUCACUGAGACGCUGUACUACCCGAGUACCGUGUACCAGACCCAGUACGUCACCAGCUACAUCGCGCCCGACGUCAAGGUCACCACCAAGGUGCUGUACGACACCCAGUACGUCACCGAGCACCAGUACUUCACCGAGACGGCCUACUACACCAAGACGGAGAAGGCCUACUACACGGAGACCGAGGUGGCCAGCAAGUACUACACGGAGACCGUCCAGGAGCCGUACUACGUCACCAAGACGGCGUACCACACCGAGAAGUACCCCGAGUACUCGUACGUCACCCAGACCAAGGUCAACUACGAGUACGUGACGGAGACGGAGCCUGUGCCCCACUACGUGACGCACACUGUCACGGAGGCGUACCCCGAGUACAAAUACGUGACGCACACCAACACCGAGCACCAGUACGUCACCGUCACCAAGACCCAGAACAAGCCGCAGUACGUGACCGUGUGCCCCAAGCCGACCUACCCCAGCUACCACGAUGACGGCUACGGCAAAAAGUAAACGGGCACAUCCGAAAAGAUCACGGCGGGACAAGCUCUGAACAACCAUCGGAAAUACGACUUGACCCGAGCCGACCUGACCUGACCCGGGCCACGCCACCGGCACAUCUGUGGGUCAAUCGCUCAUACGUGUAACUCUAGAUACUUGUUUUAGUUUUUUUCACCGCGAACAUCAUUCUACAGUGCGCGAGAAUCGUGUGCUUGUUGUUGAGGCGGCGGCUCCAACCAUCCAAUCACCUGGUCGAAGAGGGUUAACAAGGGCUGCGGCUAAGCAAUGACAUCUUGAGAUCGUGACUUAGAUCAUCGCUGGUUGCCUUAAGAUAGUAAAUAUCAGAAGCCCUGACCCAAAUCGACCCGGUGCGAAACUGGGAGGCCGUCGACAGUCUGUCUUUCAAGUCUUUCACACGCGUCCUGACUGCCACAGUUUGUGCGUCGGCGCUGGCUCCAUGAUUCCAUGGACCCCACGGUGAAAAUGUACCCCCCCCCCCCCCCCACGCUGCCCCCCGGUAACGAUGUUCCCCCGUUGUUUGGAGUGAGUGCUCAAGUCUGCCGCAGCGUUGUUCCGUUCUGAAUGAAUGAAUGACCAAUGCAUGACGGGAUGCCGACUUUUAUAAAUAAACUACAAAUAUGUCAA